CAAGCCACAGAUCUACAGCAGAGGAGGUCCUGGCAUAGCGACGGCAGCUAUAGGAACACACCAGGUACAAGGCUAAUAAUCUACCUCAUAGCCUCCUCUACACAAGAAGAACUACACAAAGCUACAGACAGCGGCUACAGAACAACUAAAACAACAGCCAGUGGUGAUGAGCUGCAGCAGUCUGGCAAGGUUAGAGGAAUUUUCAGAGGAGGAGCUGGAGCUGAGCAUGCUAGGUCAGGGAGAGAAUGAUGAGGUGAGCGAUGGCAGCCCCGUGGGCCCCUUGCAGGACAGCGAGGGCUCGGCCAGCAGCCCUCCCAGCGAUGACACUGAGGGGGGCCAGUCCAAGAAGCGUAGCCGCCCGGUCCGCUCCAAGGCCCGCCGUGUGGCCGCCAACGUACGUGAACGCAAACGCAUCCUGGACUACAACCAGGCCUUCAACGCUCUGCGUGUGGCACUCAACCACGACCUCAGCGGCAAGCGGCUCUCCAAGAUUUCCACCCUGCAGAGGGCCAUCAACCGCAUCUCAGCCCUCUCUGUCUUCCUCAGCUCCAACCCCCCCAGUAAGCCUUGCUCCCACCGGGAGUGCCACAGGACAGCUGGGAGGUCAUGGGCGGUGGGAACGGUGGGGACGUCACGGCUGGAGCCGCCCAGGGUGACAGUUGCUCAUCGCCUGGAUUCCCAGAACUAUGUCUCCUGUAACCACACAUCACUCCCCCAUCAGAUACAGCCUCAGCAGGGAACCCACCCUCACAGUCUGCCAACAGAGACACACCUCUACAUUGACAGCUUGGGCUCCUCAUGCCCCCCCUCACCACACUACCCCUGCUAUCCUGCCAAGGGCCAGUUGUACCCCUCACGCGGACACUGUGGAUCAGGGAACCCCUUGGAGCAGCCACCAAGCCCUAUUAGGUACACCCAGGUGGGUGAAGGGCUGGGGUACCAGACUAGAGGGUGGGCCUCCUGCGCCCAGGGCUACAUUGAUGCCUUUAUGGAGUCGUCUCCAGCCCUGGGCCUCCCCUGGCAGGUGAGCCACAUCCAGGAGACAGCAGGCCCCCAGCACAGCCUGCCCCUACUCUGA